AUGCGUGUCAAAGUCCUACACAGCUGGAGACAAUACAUUGGCCAGGCUGGUGAGACGAUGGAGUUUAUCUUGGCUGAUGAACAUGGUGGAAAAAUACAUACUACAGCGAAGAAGAAGGACAUAGGUAGGAUCUCCAAGGAAAUGAAAGUUGGCGAAUGGAGAGUCCUUGACAAUUUCCAGGUUGCUCAUGCAACGGGUCAGUUCCGUCCUACAAACAGCAAGAGGAAAAUGACAAUGACAUUGAACACGAAAGUAAGCACCUGCUCAGUUAAAAACGACAGCCAGUUUCUUGAACUGAUUCCUAUUCGGUCUAUUAUCGAUGGUGGUCUGAACCACUGCAUACUCAUCGAUUUCAUUGGUCAAGUACUCAACGUCCAGGAGAUCCAAACUGUACCUGUCCAAGGGAAGGAAAACACUAAUCACGAAGUAUUGGAUAAUGCAGUGAUGAACGUGUUAACGGAUGCCUCUGGGAGUCUUAUGCUGAGCAGUUAUAUGAUGCAUGCAAGGAAGCAAAUGGCGAACCGUUUACCUUCUGAUGGAUUGGCAAUUGCAAUGAACCUGAAAGAGGACGAUGCAUUAGUGCAGCUUCAGAAACAGCAAAAGGCGGAUGAGUGGUUGACGCUUGAUCUUAAGUCCGUUUAUGAUGUCACGAGUUCUACCGAGAUUGAGAAAUUUAGAAUCCGUGCAAAGGUCACUGCUAUUGAUACUGAUUGGGGAUGGUAUUACUUUGGUUGCGUUAAAUGUCAACAUCGGGUUUUCAAAGACUUGAAAAAGGAGUCUUCCACCAGACCACGACCAGUAGUUCCUAUUUGGUAUUGUGAUAACUGCAAGACAAAUAUCAAAGCGGUUUCACCAAAAUUCAAGCUACAUUUAAUCAUUGAAGAUGAUUCUGGUGAGACUAAGAUAAUGCUCAUGGAUUCUGUUGCUAACGGGAUGGUCAACAAGACAGCUGCAUUCCUACUUAAUGGUUCUACUGAUGAGAUUCAAGACCCGGAACUUCUUCCUGAUUCCAUAAAAGAUUUGGUUGGGAACACUUUCGAUUUCUUGGUGGGUGUAGAGAAGGAGCACAUCAUGUAUGGAAAUGACACCUACAAGGCUCACAAAGCCUCUGUUGUGAAGAGCAAUGGGAUGACACCAUCUCCUAAGCGCAGUAUUGAAGACAGCAAUAUCAGAAGUGAGCUCUCUUCCACUUCAAAGAAACAGUGCACCAAGCUCAUCAACCUAGAAGACGAAAGCAAUGGUGUUGAUGUGAAGACGUUGACCGAGUAG